AUCACCGAAGAAAACAUUCUGUCUCGUUUGACAUUUGUCGCCCGUCUGUUACGGUGCCGCAUUUUGUUUUCUGUGCAAUAAAAGUGUCGCUGUGAAGGAGGAUUCGCGAUGUCUCAGACCUCGUCAGGUUUUACAAGCGCUGACCAUCAAGAAAAAGCAACUCUGGGUCGCUUAGGGAAGGACUACAUCCUCACCGAGGACGAGAGGAGAGCGUUCCAGGAGUGUAACCGAGAGAGCUUCUGGUACCGAUGUGUGCCUCUUUCCAUCACCAGUAUGGCUAUCACACAGUUCCUCAUCUUAAGAGGAUCUUUGACUGCCUCCAAAAGAUUUGGAUCAUUGCCAAAAGUAGCCUUUGCCGGUGUAUGUGGCUAUAUUGCAGGAAACAUCUCUUAUAUGAAGAACUGUCAGGAGAAGUUUAAGAGGUUGGAAGACUCACCAUUGGGGGAAGCUCUUCGGCAGAGAGGGCGACCUCUUUCACCACACUCUGGCACUGAGCAGUCAGAAUUCCUCAGUGAGGAUAAGGCUAUGCUGCAGUCAGAUGGCCAUGAGGGGGCAUUCCGCUCCAAUAAUUGGUCUGAACACUCAGCGCUCCAAAGCCAUCUUCCUGCACCUGGGCUGGCCAACCUGGGCGAGGAGGAGGGGGGUUGGCAGAAGCUGCCCCUGUCCGAGGAGCCCCAGGGCAGGAACAGGGGGAAAUACGAAGGUUUCCACAGACCUCCCUCUGAAACCCCCCCGCCCAAAAGAGAGGUGAAGAAGAAUAUAUAUGGGGACACAUGGGAUGAAUGAGGGGGCCGCUUCCCGUGACUCUUGAAAUGCUGACAGGCCUCUGCUAACGAUGCUCUGUGCCGAAUAAAUGGGCUUUUUUUUUGGCAGUGCAAUUUCAGAUGCGCAACUGUGAAAUAUGUGGUUACUUCAUGUGUGUGUUUAGGAAUUCAGAAUAAAAGUCCUCCAAGGUUACUAAGUCAUGGCUACCGCAGGACUGGAUGAAAGAUUGAGGACAGUGCAGGGCUGCAUGAUAUGGACAAAAGUAUUGUAUUGUAUUGUGAUGAUAUCACUACAUAUCCUAUGGCAAUUGCAAAAUGCCUUAAAAUAAAGCACUCUUGAUGCAACGUG